AACUGCUGUUAUUGACUAAUACAAAAGCUUACUCGGUAAUCGGGGAAUCGUUCUUAUCAUGACAAAUUUGGCAGCGCUAGCCGAACAAAUCACUUUCGCGUGCUGUAUUUAACCUCAUCUAUCUCUCAAGGACGCCAAGUAGCUUGUCGUCCAAAUAGUCAUGGCAGCUGUGACAGAUUCAUCACUGCCAAGUGCAUCAUCCUCAGCCGCGGUUUCCCAAUCUGAGGCCCCCAAGAAGGCCACUCGUUCGAGAAAUGGAUGUCUCGUAUGCCGGAGCAGAAGGCUGAAAUGCGAUCUCGAAAAGCCAGAGUGUAGGCGAUGUGUAAACUACGGCGCUGAGUGCGUCUACCCUGCAAAAAAGCCUUUCAACGCCGAGGCAGUCGAUGAAAAGCUUCGUAAACGACACAAAAGAAAUAAAUCUACCGCUUCGCCUUCCCACUCUGAUAUCACUCCUCAUGCUUUUGUUCCCAUCCCACCAAUUCCGACGGCUCGCCCAACCCAAUCGAAUGCACCUAUCUUAAAUGGCCUGUCGUCCUCCCAAGCCACUCCGCUUACAGCGACGCCCCCUACCUCUUCCCAUCCCACUCCCUUCCCCCUCCCUUCUUCCCAUCCCUACCUACCCUCAAAUCGCGCCCCAGCCUAUGAACCUACCACUGCUCCAGCUGGUCGAGCACCCUUAGCUCAAGUCAAAGCGAUGGAGCCUAUGGAACUUCUUAUGGCCCUUUGUCGCGAUACACGUAUGGGUCAAUUUUUCUCUGGUCCUGUCGAUCCGCCUGAUUUCUUAAGAGAUGCUUUCCCUGUUGAGGAGGAGUUGAGAUGUUUUCAUCACUGCUUCACGUACACCCUCUCGACGAUGGUGGUACAAGAAGAGCUCAACCCAUGGGUUGAACAGGUCGUACCUCUUUUUUUAUUUCCAACAGGCGAAGCACCUUUGAGCAUAGCGGCAUUGCGACUUGGCACUCUCGCUACUGGUGCUGUUCAUCUAUCUUCCCUAGAAGAAAAAGGCAGUGCACCUAACACCUACGGCCAGACACGCAGUUUGGGCCUUCGAUAUAGGGAUGAAGCCGUAAAAUACCUUCGCGCGGCGCAGAAUGUACCAGAAGAAAUGGCAUCGGAUGUGUUCCUAUCCGCUUGCAUGAUGGUUUCUCAUGCCGAUUUACUAGGCGCGAAUCACUGCUGGAGAGAAGUUUUGAGGCUUGCGCAUGCUUCAGUCAGAUUUCGAGGCGGAUGCGCGAGAGUUUUAUUUGGAAAUGCGAAGGAUGCCGAUCUGUCAAACGAUAGUGAUGAUUGCCAGCCGACGCCGUUGAGAGUUUGCUUGAUCGAACAUCUCGUGCUCGUUGAUAUCUUUGCGUCAAUGACGACCGGUCAACGUUGCGUGGUUUUGACUGAAUCAUCAUACUGGUGGGGGAAACUCAGACAGGAGGAUUCUUCUCUCCCCGAUACGGUCGAACGCAGCUCUGGUAUUCAUCGGAGCAUCUUCCCCCUCAUUGUCCGGGCCAAUAACCUAUUAUGGGAAUACUCCAACCUCUCAAAAUGCAUCUCUCCCCCUUCUCCUUCCGUCCACAUUUCUUCUCUUUCCCCAAUCCCCGACCUUACUGAACGAGCCCUGCAGCUAAGCGCCGAGCUCUCACAAUGGCGAGAAGCGAUCUUUCCGACAAUAAAAGAUAAGAGAUCCCGAGAUGGGUCAUUAGCGCUGUGGCAUGGGCUUCAGAUUAUGAUGAAAAGGGAGUUGAUGGGCAAGGAGCGAGGGGACGAAGGGGUGCAAAUGCAUGCUGUUGAGAUACUGGAGAUCUGCGAGGGGGUAGGUGUUAAGGUUGAGUACAUGAACUGGCCACUCCUCAUAUCAUGCUCUGUUCUUCUCACCCCACCACAUCGUCAACGCGCACGCGAGAUCCUCAAAUCAUUCAUCUACCAAUGUUCCUACGAAGUCGCCAUGGUUGAGUCUGUUGCGGAAGAAUGCUGGAGGAGGAUGGAUGACGGGAUGGACGAUGAGGGAAGUUCAUGGAGGGAGGUUUUGAUUGAGAUGGGAUGUGCAGUUUUGUUAGGAUAAGGAAUGAAUAUGGUAAAGGAUGGGAUGGGACAAUAGGCGUACGAGGGGAAGACGGCGAAGUAGUUUUUGGGUACCCAGGAGAGAGGGAGAGAGAAAAGAAGGAGAGAGGAAGAGAAGGAGGGCGGCGCAGAGAGGCGUUAGGGAAGAUGGAAGUACGAGCGUAAGAUGUAGGGAAAGUGGGAGAAAGGUUAGUCAGCUUGUAGAGCUAGAAAAGAUAUAAAAGGCGUAGCCUUUAGAGUCAAAAAAAUGUAUAGCCCCAAGCAGCUUAGUCUUCUCG